GCAAUGAGAACUAACUGACGUGAAUUGCUUUGCUUUGCUUGUCAUCGUUAUUGCCGACAUUUACACAAAAUUUUAUAAAUAAUUAGGUGGAAACUGCCUGAAACAGCUAUUGAAUAUAAUAAAUAAGACGUAUAUUUAUUAAAAUCUACAAUGAGUUCAAUCGGAACAGGUUACGACCUUUCUGCUUCACAAUUCUCGCCUGAUGGAAGAGUGUUUCAAGUUGAGUACGCUGCGAAGGCUGUAGAGAACUCGGGCACAGUUAUUGGUCUACGAGGCAAGGAUGGAGUGGUGUUUGCUGUUGAAAAACUGGUUACUUCAAAACUAUACGAACCUGGUGCUAACAAGAGAAUCUUCCAUAUUGAUGAACAUGUUGGAAUGGCAGUGGCAGGGCUAAUCUCUGAUGCAAGACAGAUCGUUGAAACUGCUCGUACUGAAGCUUCAAACUACAGAUCACAAUACGGAGUCCCAGUACCAUUAAAGUAUUUGAAUGAGCGUGUAUCAAUGUACAUGCAUGCUUACACACUAUACAGUGCUGUGCGCCCAUAUGGCUGCUCCGUUAUUAUGGGAACGUGGUCUGAACAUGACGGUCCUCAAAUGACCAUGUUGGACCCCAGUGGUGUCUCAUUUUCAUACUUUGGAUGUGCUGUGGGUAAAGCGAAGCAAGCCGCCAAGACUGAGAUUGAGAAGCUGAAGCUGGCUGACAUGACUGUCAAAGAAUUGAUUAAGGAGGCCGCAAGAAUCAUCUACUUAGUCCACGACGAGCUGAAAGACAAGCAGUUCGAGCUGGAGUUGUCCUGGGUAUCGAAGGACACCCAGGGCCGUCACCAGAUAGUUCCCCGGGAAAUGGCCACCGAAGCAGAGAGUCUCGCUAAGCAAGCCUUGGCCGAUAUUGAGGAUUCUGACGAGGGAGAUAUGUGAACGGUAUUUAGAUAAUAAAUUUUUACAAUAUUUCAA